AUGACUGAAAUUUCAGCCAAAAAAGUGAAGGUUUCUGCUCUUUGUGAGCUUUGUCAUGCCAGAAAGGCUGUGAUGAAAAGACCCAAGAAUCUUCAAAAGCUCUGUAAAGACUGUUUCUAUAAGGUUUUUGAGACUGAAAUUCACAACACCAUAGUGGACGCUAAACUCUUUCUGCCUGGUGAUAAGGUGGCUAUCGGAGCCUCUGGAGGAAAGGAUUCUACGGUGCUAGCAUCAGUGUUGAAGACUUUGAAUGAAAGAUAUGAUUAUGGCUUGAUCUUGGUACUUCUCUCUAUAGACGAAGGCAUCAAGGGCUACAGAGACGAUUCGUUAGCUACGGUCAAGAGAAAUCAGGUCCAGUACGAGAUGCCUUUGGAAAUAAUAUCUUACAGGGACUUAUAUAAUUGGACUAUGGAUGAAAUUGUGCUGUGCGCUGGAAUAAGAUCUUCGUGCACUUACUGUGGAGUUUUGAGGCGACAAGCUUUAGACAGAGGAGCGGCCAAGCUCGGAAUCAACCAUGUAGUAACUGGCCAUAACGCAGAUGAUAUGGCUGAGACCGUGUUGAUGAAUCUUUUGCGUGGUGACACUGCCAGAUUGGAAAAAUCCUGUGCCAUUAUCACUCAGUCUGCUGGGUCUCCUAUCAAGAGGUCCAAGCCUUUCAAAUACACGUACCAGAAGGAGAUUGUGCUAUAUGCUCAUUACAAGAAGCUUGACUACUUUUCUACCGAAUGUACUUACGCUCCUGAAGCAUUUAGAGGCACAGCACGUGAGUUGUUGAAGUCGUUGGAGUCCAUAAGACCUUCUUGUAUUAUGGACAUCAUAUACAGUGGAGAACAUUUGGUACUAGCUCCAAAGAAAAAGAAGAUCACGACACUGUACAAGACAAACAAGAAGAAAACGCAUACGGAGAACGAAGUCAACGCUGACGGCUCUGUGUCGUUGGGAAGAAAGAAGCAGUUUGAAGACGGAAACAGAUGUGAGAAGUGUGGUUACUUGUCCUCCAACAGAAUCUGCAAGGCAUGUAUGCUUCUUGCUGGUUUGGAGAUGAAUAGAGCCAAAGUGAGCAUAGACAACAACACGGCUGUGGACGGCGCAGCUGUGUUGACCAGAACCUUAGAACAAUUGAGUUUCUAG